ACGCACCAGUCAUCCGGUUCAUCAUCGAUCAACAGCUGCGCUGCUGCUGCCCGUGCUUUAUCUUCUUUUGACAUAUUUGAAAGAGUUAGAAGAGAGGAAUUGCGACGUCUGGUGUGAAGAUAUCGAGUCGCGGAAGCUUUCGCAGGUUCAUUGAGAAAGUUAACGUUACUUUGAGCACGGUCGGCCAAUCUCGGUCCGCACUACAGUACCGUGAACGUCACCGUCAGUCAGUCAGCAUACGAAUCGCACAUCACAUAUCGAAAUCGCCAACAUUAUGGCGAGCAAAAAAAUGAAUGUGCUGGUUUACUCCGGCAACGGCAGCACCACAGAGUCCGUCCGCCACUGCCUCUACACUCUGCGGCGCCUCCUAUCCCCUUCUUACGCCGUCAUCCCCAUCACAGGCGAUACUCUGAUCAAAGAACCCUGGUUCAGCACCUGCGCCUUACUCGUCUUCCCCGGCGGCGCUGAUCUAGGCUACUGCCGCACGCUCAACGGCGAAGGGAACAGGCGCAUUAGUCGGUAUGUGAACGCCGGUGGUUCUUAUCUUGGUUUCUGCGCUGGAGGAUACUAUGGCAGUAGUAGAUGUGAAUUUGAAGUCAACGACCCCAAGAUGGCUGUAGAAGGGGAGAGGGAAUUAGGUUUCUUCCCUGGGACGUGUAGGGGAUUGGCGUUUGAGGGUUUCAAGUAUGCGAGUGAAGCUGGGGCGAGGGCGGCGGAGAUUAAGAUUGAGAAAGGUGCUUUUGAGGGGGUGGAUGAGGGAGUAGGGGAGAGUUUCAAGAGCUAUUACAAUGGCGGGGGUGUUUUUGUUGAUGCGAAGAAGUUGGAGAGUAGGGGGGUGCAGAUUUUGGCGAGUUAUACGGAGGAUUUGCAUGUUGAGUCUGGAGAGGGCAAGGCCGCGGUUGUGUACCGGAAGGUGGGCGAGGGGCAUGCUGUGGUUACUGGGCCGCAUCCGGAAUUUGCGCCCCAGAACUUGAGCAAGAUCCCCAGCUUACCUUCCUAUGCUACUGUCAUCAGCGACAUCACAGCUACAGAUGCUACUCGACUCGACUUUAUGCGCUUGAUCCUCCGCAAACUUGGGCUGCAGGUCAACGAGCAGGAACAAGCGGUACCGUCCCUUUCCCGUCUGCAUCUCACCGCUCAUAACCUAUCAGACGUUGCUGACCUCAUUGCUACCUGGAGCGAGAUCAUCACUGUAGUCGAUGGCGAUGAGUACAUCAAGGGCGAGAACGACGUGUUUCGCAUCGAGAAGGAGGGUAGCGCGUGGAGUGUGAAGGAGUUGAAGAGGGCGGUGAGCGCUGUGUCGGAGAAGUUGCCUACCCUUGCUUCUGUGACGAACAGUACCAAAGAAGGCGUCGAGGAAAAAAGCCAAGAGAAGGCGGAAAACAAAAAGAAGGUACCCAAGACCCCAGAAGAAGAAAUCCAAGAGUGCGUCGAGUACACAUCCAGCACAUCUCCCGACCAAAUCGUCUCCUACGAAAAGGUUGUGAAGGUCAUAAUACCUCACGAGAAAGCGUUGCCAUCCGCCGAAGAGACGAAAUUCCACCACGAAUCCUUCUACGCAAACCUCCACCACUACCACACCAAACUGCGCAACCCCAACGCCUCCUUCGGCAAACACCUCAUCUACGGCGAAGUCGUAACAUCCACCAACACACUCCUCGAGAAGAACCCGUCCCUCCUCCGCAGUCUCCCAAACGGCUUCACCAUAACAGCAACCACGCAAAUUGCGGGUCGCGGAAGGGGGAACAACGUUUGGAUCGCUCCGCCCGGCGCGCUGAUGUUUAGUACCGUGCUCCACCAUUCCUUCACGCUGAGUCAGAGCGCGCCCGUGGUGUUUAUCCAAUACCUCGCUGCCCUCGCCAUCGUCCAAGGAAUCCAAAACUACGCCCCAGGCUACGAAAAGAUUCCCGUGAAGCUAAAGUGGCCAAACGAUAUUUACGCUCAGUUACCUGGCUCCUCCAACAACCCCGUUGUGAAAAUCGGCGGCAUUCUGGUGAAUAGCAGUUAUUCGGGGAGUACGUAUGAUGUCGUUACGGGGAUUGGACUUAAUUUGAGUAAUGCGCUGCCAACAACAAGUCUCAACCUCCUCGCCAAAUCCCUAAACCCGCCACUCAAAGAUUUCACACCCGAAAAACUCCUCGCAUCCAUCCUCGCACACUUCGAAACUCUCUACUCCACAUUCACACAGUCCGGUUUCACGCGCGAGAUGGAAGAGUUUUACUAUGCGAACUGGCUGCAUACGGAUCAGCUUGUUACGCUGGAGAGUGUAGAUGGGGUAGAGACGGGUAUGAAGGCGAGGAUCAAGGGGAUUACGAGGGAUUGGGGUCUUUUGCUGGCGGAGGAGGUGAGGGAGGUGGAUGGACGGGGGACGGGGAGGGUAGUGCAGGUGCAGAGUGAUGGUAAUAGCUUUGAUUUUUUUAGGGGGUUAGUGAAACGGAAGGUCUGAGUGGGUGAGGCUGGAAGGAAGGACUAGAUGCCAGAGAAUGUUUUUCAUGGAUGUUGA